AUGCAAUCAGGUAGCGAUGAGGAGGGCGAGUUGCCGUCCUGCAGCAAUGCUCUGCGAUUAAAGCGUAUUCAAGAAAAAAAAGACAACCUACCAACCCUAGAGCGCCUUCUCAACGAGACAGACCCCAACGCGUUCACGGAGGAGCAAUUGACGGCGGCCACACGUUUCGUGCGUGACCUUAUAUCCUCAUCCCCCAACAACGACCAGGAUAUCGAGCGCACACAGCGCAAGCUUCAGAAGCAGUACCAUCGUGUUUUCAAGAAGUCUCUUCUGCUGGAGGGCUACAAAAGGCUCAUGACAGGUGAAAGGAGGGGUGCGGGGACGGACGACGGGAACGCGAACGCCGCGUUGGUUGACUUAGAAGAUAACGCCGUGGGCUGCUCCGGAGGGACGCCCUCGGGGACCCACCGCUGCCGGCCGCUCGAGCGGUAUCUCGUAUCGAAAGCACCGCGCAGCCAAUCCGGCGUUCUCGUCGUCACCGUCUUCACCUCGGCCUACCCUGAUGGCCAGCGGUUUAGCUGCCAAUGGGAUUGCUUCUACUGCCCCAACGAACCCGGGCAACCUCGGAGUUAUUUGUUGAAUGAGCCCGGUGUUCGGCGCGCGAAUUUGCUUGAUUUCGACCCCUACCGCCAGUUUAGCGCUCGCGUGCACUCCCUGGUCGCGAUCGGGCACCCCGCCGACAAGGUCGAGCUUCUGGUUCUCGGGGGGACCUGGGAGAGCUACCCGGAGUCGUACCGGACGCGCUUUAUUCGCGACCUUUUCUACGCGGCGAACACGAUCUUCGAGGACGUCAUCGGCCCCCGCCGCCCGCCGAUGGAGCUCCUGCAGGAGCAGCUUUUAAACGAGUCCGCGCGGUGUAAAAUCAUCGGGGUGACCCUGGAAACCCGCCCGGAUACGGUGAAUUUGGCGAUGCUGCGGGAGCUUCGGCGAUUCGGCUGCACGCGCGUCCAAAUCGGCGUUCAGCACACCGACGAUGGGAUUUUGGACUACGUCAACCGCAAGGCCACCCGCGAGGACACCAUACGAGCGAUUAAGCUUUUAAAAGACAGCUGCUUUAAGGUGGAUAUUCACCUCAUGCCCGACCUCCCGGGCUCCUCCCCGGACCUCGAUCGGGCGAUGUUCGACGACGUCCUGGACUCCCCGUAUUUGCAGGCCGACCAGUGGAAGAUUUACCCCUGCCAGACAACCCCAGCCACGACGAUCGAGCGCUGGCAUGCGGAGGGGCGCUAUGAGCCUUACGGGCUGAACGCCCUGAUGGAGGUGAUUUUGUACGCCAAACGCCGCGUGCACCCGUGGAUUCGCUUGAAUCGCAUUAUUCGGGAUAUCCCGGUGGAUUACGUCCUCGCCGGGGUCGAGGUCGCGAACCUUCGACAGCUCCUCGCGGACGAGCUGCGGAAACGCGGGGAGAGCUGCCGCUGUAUUCGCUGCCGAGAGGUGAAGGGCGAUAAACACGCCGGGGAGAAGCUCGCGCGGGCGGUGCUGAAAGAACGCCGCUACGCCGCGAGCGAGGGGAUGGAGAUCUUUUUGUCGAUUGAGACCCCCGACGAGCGAACGAUUUUUGGCUUUCUGCGGCUUCGUGUGGACAUCCGGAACUGGGAGUGUCCUUUUGAGGAGCUGGAGGGCUGCGCGUUGGUGCGGGAGCUCCACGUCUACGGGAUUUUAAUCCCCACUUACGGCGACCACGUCGCGAGGACGGGCGGGGGGGGGGAGGGAAAGGCCCAACACGCGGGGGUUGGCGGCCGCCUGCUGGAGAGAGCGGAGGUCCUCGCGAAGGAGGCGGGGUAUGACAAAAUCGCGGUCAUCAGCGGGGUGGGCGCGCGCGGCUACUACCGCCGGAAGGGCUACGAGUUGGUGAUGCCGCAGUGCGGGAGUUUUAUGAUCAAACGCUUGGGUUCACCAAAGCGCGAGCGGGGACCGCUGCUGAGGUUGUCCGAACAACCUGCCAUCCAUCCAACAACGGAGAAAGGUGGGAGGGACGCGUGCACGCCGAAGCCUUCCGUCGCCGCGUACCUUCCACGUUUCCGAGAUAAAUGUGGCGAAUGGUUAAGGUUUCUUUUAAAGCGCCCGCGUGGGGAGCACUGA